UCCAGAUUGGAGGAAUUCAUUAUAAACCACAUACAUUCUACUGCCAUUUUAUUUCUGAAUUGAUACUCAACAAGCACUUCUAAGAAAUCACGCCAAUAGUUUGUAUGAACGCAUCGUCGGGAAAGUGAAUAAAGUUGAUUAUUCAGUUCGAUUUGGAUCAAAUUUUUGUCUUUUUACUACACUCAUUAUGUCGGCAGAAAUUGAAGGAAGUUUAUUUCGCAAGAGGAUUUUGCUAACUGGAGGAGCUGGCUUCAUUGGAGGUCACACAGUAUGUAACCUAGUGGAGAGGUACCCUUCAUACUACGUCGUAAACUAUGAUAAGUUGGAAUAUUGCUCAUGUCUAAAGAACAUCGAGCGGAUAGCAAAUAAGCCCAACUACAAAUUCAUAGAGGGAGACCUUUGUGACGAAGACAAACUACGCGAUGUCUUCCAACAAGAGCGGAUUGAUACAGUUUUACACUUUGCUGCUCAGUCUCAUGUUGAUAACUCCUUCCGGAGUGUGGAUAACUUCAUUCAGAGCAAUGUUGAGGGUACCAGCAAGCUGCUUGAGACGGCUAAGCAAUAUGGAGGCGUCUCGCUCUUCCUUCAUGUCAGUACGGAUGAGGUGUACGGGGGAAACAGCACAGUAGCAUUAGACGAGACAGCACCGUUGAAUCCAACUAAUCCGUACUCAGACUCCAAAGCACAGGGUGAAAUUAUUGCCAAGUCGUACUACGACAAGUACCGCUUUCCUGUCAUUAUUACACGGGGAAAUAACGUCUAUGGCCCCCAUCAGUUCCCCGAGAAGGUCGUGCCUAAGUUUAUUGGACUUCUUCUACGUGGAAAGAAAUGUUGCAUCCACGGCGAUGGAACUCCUACCCGUAACUUUAUGUACAUACAGGAUGCAGUGGAAGCUUAUCUGACAGUCCUACAUAAAGGCAAAGUAGGAGAGAUUUAUAACAUUGGCACAGAGUUCCGUAUAUGUGUCAAUGAUUUGGCUAAACAACUAACUAAGAAGAUACGUGGCCAAAAGAAGGAUGCAGAAAAUGAGGAAGGACACACGGAAUACGUAAAGGAUAGACCACAUAACGACAAGGAUUAUCCCAUCGAUUCAUCCAAGCUACGAAGCCUUGGAUGGUCCCCUAAGAUGCCAUGGGAUAAAGGAUUGGAUAUAACCAUUGACUGGUAUCGCGAUAACUUUCAGAAUUGGGGCGACUUGGCUGAGAGGGCGCUAGUUCCAUUUCCCAACGUCAUGGGCGAGAAAGAACCAUCGGAAUCCAUGGGAGAUGAACCAGAAAUGUAGAGAAUGUACAGACAUAAUAGAUUUUAACAUAAUUUUUGUCAUUAUCCCUCAAGAUAGGUAUGUCACAUUCAGUUAAUUGCCCACAAUUAAUAGUCAAGGGGUUGCCGACUCUUCACGCCUCGUUUUGGCAAUAUCAAGACAAAACAAGAUGGUAGCCAUAAAGGUACCAAAGGAGAAAAAAACAUCAAAACAGUAAGCUUUAAAGGGGCAGUAGUGGUUUGACAUUUUAUGAUAUAAUUACUGAAAUGUAAUGAUAAAUGUUUGCAACUUGUUUGUACAAAUAAUUGCUUUCAAGGAAGGGACACCCUUUUGGAUCAAUUAGUGCUUCUGGAGCUAAAUAACCCCAGAAUGGGUGGCCUAUGUAAAGUGCAAUAUGAAUUAAUGACCACUAGGUCUCAAAUGCAAUAUUAUAAACAUCCAUUGUUUUAUUAGCAAUUAACUAUAAAUCCGUCAGUGGUCUUGCGUCGCCUGCAAACUAAACUUGGGAGGGAGGGGGGGGGGGUCGAGGGGUUGCACAGAAAGUCAGAAAUAAAUAAGUUCAUACAAACAAUUGUCCAGGCCAAACUCGAGUUAACAGAAUCUACAUACAACAUUUAUAAUAAUAAACAUUCAUAUACUAUUAUAGAAUAAUUCAAAAUGAAAUAAACAUAACUAGGUUAAAAUUUAUUCUAAUCGAUAGAGUGGCAUUUGUGCACCUGUUUGUAAUUUCGAGCGUAAUGUUUAAACUUCCUGCUUCGUUUGAAGAUAAUUUUGGGUGAAAAGUGGGUGAAAUACAUGAUCAAUAAAAUCACUCGAUAAACAA